AUGCUGGGUCUGGGGAGAUCAGAUAUAGUGAAUGCAGGGUCUGGGGAGAUCAGAUAUAGUGAAUGCAGGGUCUGGGGAGAUCAGAUAUAGUGAAUGCAGGGUCCGGGGAGACGGGAUAUAGUGAGUGCAGGGUCCGGGGAGACCGGAUAUAGUGAAUGCAGGGUCCGGGGAGAUCAGAUAUAGUGAAUGCAGGGGUCCGGGGAGACCAGAUAUAGUGAAUGCAGGGUCCUGGGAGACCAGAUAUAGUGAAUGCAGGGUCCUGGGAGACCAGAUAUAGUGAAUGCGGGGUCCUGGGGAGACCAGAUAUAGUGAAUGCGGGGUCCUGGGAGACCAGAUAUAGUGAAUGCGGGGUCCUGGGAGACCAGAUAUAGUGAAU